ACUGCGAAGAGGCGGCAGGUGCGACGGCAGGAAUCGUCAUCCUCUCAGGACCUGGAUAACUUUGAAUCCGAGUUCAUCCUUCAGCAGACCGAAUCGAAUCGUGCUCCGAUUUGACUGCGAUUUUAUUUUUCUCACGGCUAAUUGUAGUUGAUUUGAGACGGGAAAAGAAAUAACGCAAGACAAGAGCAGGAAGAACUGCAAUGUGUUGGAUGAGUAGCCCACACGAAAGCCGCCUUUGAGAGCGGGCUGAGAACAUCGGAGAAACAGUGAAAGCAAUUUGUGGACUCCCCAUAUCACUGACGAAGUUAAGUGGACAAGAGUCCCUGGCUAACGCUUUUGACUGCAUACGGGGUGAAGGUAGGCGACGUAUUCCUCUCGUCUUUUUUCUUUUUUUUGCUUCUGCAGCAAGAACAAGUGCGCGAGACCUUUAUACGCGGAACUGAAAACACGAGAUUGCAUAUAGGUUAUUUAAAUAUUACCCUACAUAUGAGCUUUUUUGAUUAUUUGUGAGUGAUUUAUGAUAUUGGCCCGCCCUUCGUCAACAUGUGAAAUGAAAAAGUUUGUGUUCUAUUUUUUGUUUUGAGACGCGGGAGGCGAAGACGAAUUUAACGCAAUUUCAGAAGCAGUGCGCUUCGGGAGACGGGAGUCGGACCCUCGCAACUUACCGACGCAACUUGACGUGUCUAAGUUACCGAGAGGACGAGGCAUACGCAGGACGCGGGACAUGCAUUUUUCUUGAAAACAAGCAAAAUAUACGCGCAGAGAGGCAAGUAUGUGGUUGGUAAAGACUACUGGAAAGCGCAUGACAGACAGAUAAGGUUUGAACGAAUGAAUCAGUGAAUUAGCGGUGUAGAUGGUGAGGGGGACGAACAGAGAAGGAAGAUUUACUGGAGAGCGUUGCGGGCUAACGGAUGCGGUGUUGAGGGAAGGAGAAAAACAGCAGUGUUAGGGGUGUACUGCCUCGGAAACAGAUAUGAAAUGAAAUAGACUUUUUCCUUAAUACUGACGGCUGCAGAAAAUAAUAUUUAUGGGGUGAAGAGGGGACAAGUCUUCGGCGCACAAGCGGGCCAAGUUCCGUUUGUUAAAACCCACAUCUACCCAACCCCUCUAGAUAUGUAGAAUAACAAUCUGCUAAUCAUUGAGAAUUCAUCUUUUUCAUCCCAUCCUACCUCUGAUGUGCGGGAACAGAUGUUCUGUGUGGGACGGGUUGAUGGAGACCGUCUUUGGACACGUUUCUCUUGCAGCGGGACUUGUUUGCCUCCUGGCAAACUCAGGAAACGAACCAUUUUAGCCAAUCGAGAAGACUGAAACUGUUCUCCAAAAACAAUAUAGUCUGUUGGUCGAUAAAUGCAGAGACAUUUGGCGGAUAAUGUAAUUUACCUGUUCUCUUCAUCAUCUUUCAUGUCCUUUUAUCUUGUACAAAACAUUGCAAGCAUGACAAAACUGAACUUACUGUAGUCUGUCUGCACCCCUCUGACCUCUCCACCAAUCAGAGCCCCCCCUAUCUGAGCCUGUUUUUCUGGAGGGCAGAUUGUUAGGGUGGAUGAGCAAUGUUUAUGGAAGCUGCCUCUGGAAAGCAAAGGAGAACAUCAUGGAGGGGGAAUGUCUCUCUUUCACCCCUUUUAGAAUCCUGUGGCUGGAUGGAUAUUUUGUUCACCAACUGAACCACAAAAACAAAAUGUCCAAAAUCACCUGCCCUCCAUCCUUCCCAACCCUGAAUUUAUCUCCCAUGAGCUUGUCACUCUCUCACAAAUGAAGAUGGAGAGCUAGUAAACAGUGGUCAUUUUGGUUGAAACUAUGACUCCUCAAACUUCAGAAUGACAUUCUUGGGGACCUCAUUGCUGUGGAUGUAGAAGAGCACUCAGCCCCUUGUCUCCUUCCUGGUCUCUUGGUCAGUAGAAGUCUGUAGAUUGUAACCAAGGGAAUAUCACUUACUCUGCGAAUACCAUAACUUGGAUCUGAGUCACAACAAACCUCCCAAAACAGACUUCCAAGGGUAGGGGUGUGAAAUUAGAGUUUUGUCAUCCUUCAGAACCUGUCCAAAAAUUCUUCUCCCCCCCACUUAUUAGUGGGGGGGAGGAGGGACUAAUAACUGUGGAUCGAGUUCUGAAUUUCUACAAAGGCUCAAAUUGGUGCCUGGGGGCCCCGGCCAUGGAAGCUGGUCAGGGGAGCCCUGAGAGCCCCAGCCGGGCUCUAGAGUACCUCCUGGAGCUCAACAACAUCAUCGAGAGCCAGCAGAAGCUUCUAGAGUCCCAGCGUCGCCGCAUCGAGGAGCUGGAGAUCCAGCUGGACCGGGUGAGCCAGGAGAACAAGGACCUGCGCCUGGACCGUCACUCCCGCGUGCCCGAGCCGGCCGGCAACGCCCCCCACCCCGCCGGCCCCGCCCAGACCGCCAACCCUCCCGGCCCCGCCCAGGCCCCCAACCCGCACAAGACCAGCACGGGGUCGGGCCCCGCCCCCCCGCCGCCGGCCCUGGGGCGCGAGCGCCGCCCCCAUGCCCGGCUGACCCGCGGCCUCUCCUGCGGCUCCGCCGGCGCCGAGCGGGAGCGUCUGGACCGGGCCGACAGCCCCGGGUCCGCGUCCGCCACCUGCCCGUCCAGCGCCCGCCACCGACAUGUGGAAGGUGAGUCCCAGAACUCAGAAGCCGGGUGUUUCUCUGACAGCCCGGCCCCAUACCUGCGCGGUUCGGAUCGCUACAGCGACAGCAGCGCCCCCCCUGCCCCCCGCGGGCCCCCUGUGGCCCCCCCGAGCCCCGCCAGCCUAGCCUGGGCCCAGAGGACCCGCCACCAGCCCGCCAGCCUGGCGCUCCGCAAGCAGGAAGAGGAGGAGAAGAAGAGGUGCAAGGCCCUGUCCGACAGCUAUGAGCUCUCCACCGACCUCCAGGACAAGAAGGUGGAGAUGCUGGAGAGGAAGUACGGGGGGUACUUCCUGAGCCGGCGGGCGGCACGCACCAUCCAGACAGCCUUCCGGCAGUACCGCAUGAACAAGAACUUCGAGCGCCUGCGCAGCUCUGCGUCCGAGAGCCGCAUGACCAGGCGCAUCAUCCUGUCCAACAUGCGGCUGCAGUACUCCUUCGACGAGCGCCCCCCCCAGCCGCACUACGCUGGGACCUCUCAGCCCAGCACCCCCCAGUCACCCCCCCACCGCUCAGAGCCCCAUCAGCCCGACCGCUCCGAAUACACGCACCUGGAGGACUCCUUCUCCAAACAGGUGAAGUCGUUAGCGGACUCCAUCGACGACGCGCUGACGUGCCGGCCGGGUCGGGACGACUCGCAGGAGGGCAGCGCGGAAGGGGGCGGUGCCGGGGACGGGAGUGAGUUCGGGGAGUGCGUGUGGAGCAACAGCAGCAGCAACCCGCCGUCGUGUCGCCGCGGCGACCGGGAGCGUGGGGGCGGGGCCGGCGGUGGCCUCAGCAUGCACGAGGACAGCACGGCCACCUCCUACAGCGACGUCACCCUCUACAUGGACGACGGCCUGCCCUCCUCGCCCCUGUCCCUGGACCGGGCCCCCAGCAGCACCGACACCGAGUACUGGGGCCUGGGGGGCGCGGGGGGGCGCGAGGACAGCCGGGACACGGAGGGCGGCGGCAGCAGCAACAGCCGCCGGAGCAGCCCCUGCACCGAGUGCCGGGACUACCGCCUGCGCGCGGCCCACCUGCCCCUGCUCACCAUCGAGCCGCCCAGCGACAGCUCCGUGGACAUGAGCGACCGCUCCGACCGUGGCUCGCUCAGCCGCCAGCUGGUCUACGAGCAGGAGGGCGGGGCGGGGUCACCGCAGGGCACCCUCAAACACAACCCCAACGCCCGCCCGCCCGGCUCCUCCCCGUCCGCGUCUUCCGCCGCCGCCCAGGGCCAGACCCGCACCCCUCGGCCCCUCCCCUCCCCCGUGCCCGCCCAAAUCCCGCACCACCACCACCGCCUGCUGCACCGCCACCUGCAGCAGUACGCCGACGCGCCCCCGGCCCCGCCCCCGCCCCAGCCCCCCGCCACGCCCCUCUCCUCCUCGUCCUCCGCCCCCCUGGCGCCCGGGAGCCUGGAGCAGCCCUGCCUGUCGGACGGGGACAACGACUCGCUCAACUCCACCACCAACUCCAACGACACCAUCAACUGCAGCUCGGGCUCCUCGUCCCGCGACAGCCUGCGCGACCCCCUGACCCCGCUGGGCAAGCAGACCUACCAGCGCGACAGCCGCCACAGCUGGGACUCGCCCGCCUUCAACAACGACCUGGUGCAGAGGAGGCAGUACCGCAUCGGACUCAACCUCUUCAACAAGAAGCCGGAGAAGGGGAUCCAGUACCUGAUAGAGCGGGGCUUCGUGUCGGACACGCCCGUCGGCAUCGCCCGCUUCAUCCUGGAGAGGAAGGGGCUGAGCCGGCAGAUGAUCGGCGAGUUCCUGGGAAACCGACAGAAACAGUUCAACAAGGACGUGCUGGACUGUGUGGUGGAUGAGAUGGAUUUUUCUGGAAUGGACCUGGAUGACGCACUGAGGAAGUUCCAGGCGCAGAUCAGAGUGCAGGGGGAGGCACAGAAGGUGGAGAGACUCAUCGAGGCCUUCAGUCAGAGGUACUGUGUGUGCAACCCAGCACUGGUCAGGCAGUUCCAGAACCCUGACACCAUCUUCAUCCUUGCCUUCGCCAUCAUCCUCCUCAACACGGACAUGUACAGCCCCAACGUCAAGCCCGAGAGGAAGAUGAAGAUGGACGACUUCAUCAAGAACCUGAGAGGGGUGGAUAACGGACAGGACAUUAACAGAGACCUGCUGGUGGGGAUCUACCAGCGCAUCCAGAAGUGGGAGCUGAGGACCAACGACGACCACGUGUCCCAGGUGCAGGCGGUGGAGCGCGUCAUCGUGGGCAAGAAACCGGUCAUGUCCCUGCCCCACCGCAGACUGGUGUGCUGUUGUCAGCUGUAUGAGGUGCCUGACCCCAGCCGACCCCAGAGAGGUGGAGUUCACCAGCGAGAGGUGUUCCUCUUCAACGACCUGCUGGUGGUUACAAAGAUUUUCCAGAAGAAGAAGACUUCAGUGACAUACAGUUUUAGGCAGUCUUUCCCCCUGGUGGAGAUGCAGGUUCACAUGUUCCAGAACUCAUACUACCCCCACGGAAUCCGUCUGACCUCGUCGAUCCCGGGAGGGGAGAGGAAGGUUCUGAUCGUAUUCACGGCGCCCAGCCAGCAGGACCGCACGCGGUUCACCAGCGACCUGCGGGAGAGCAUCGCCGAGGUGCAGGAGAUGGAGAAGUACAGGGUGGAGUCGGAGCUGGAGAAGCAGAAGGGCGUGAUGCGGCCCAGCCUCCUGAGCGCAGGAGGGGUGGGUGGAGGAGUGAAGAACGAGGUGGUGAACGGCACUCUGGGAAGGCCCAGCCUGGACGACAGCUACUCUGGAGGAGAGGGUCUGAAGCGCACCGCACUCAGCUCCUCCCUGAGAGACCUCUCUGAGACAGGGAAACGCGGUCGCAGAAACAGCGUUGGUUCCCUGGACAGUACCAUGGAAGGAUCCGUCAUUAACAGCCCGCAGACUCACCAGCGUCUCCCCAUGGCAAGCGGCGUGCCUGGUUGCUAUGGGCUCGAAGAGUUCCGGCCCCAACACCCCAUCCUGAGCCCCGGAGUGGGGGUGGGGGGUGGGCCGGGGCAACAGCACAGUGCUGCUGGGACGGCGGGUGGGAGCGCGAGCGUCUCCAGCAGCACCAACCACGAGAGGGGUGUGGGCCCGGGUGUGGGCCCGGGUGUGGGGCCGGGGUCGGGGCCGGGGAUGGGGCCGGGGUCGGGGUCGGGGCCGGGGAUGGGGAUGGGGAUGGGGGCGGGGAUGGGGAGUGGCUCCUUCCUGGGCUCCCUGUUUGGGAGCAAGCGCCCCAAAGUCCCUGGACCCAUUAUCCCCCCGGGACCACUCUACCCCGCCCCCGUGCCACCCCCCACUACCGGGGGCCCGCCCCCACACUCCCCCUCCGAGGGAGGGGGGCACUCCAAGAUCCAGGCCCUGCACGCCCAGUACUGCCACAUGGGCGGUGGACAAGCCCCGCCCCCUUACCACCAUCACCACCGCUACCACGUGCAGACCAUCCCCCCGCCCGCGCCCGGCCACGCCCACCACCACCACAUCACGCACCGUGGCUCCCUGCCCCGGCGGCCACCGCACGCACACUGCCACGCCUCGCUGGCCCACACCCAGCAUGCUUUGCAGGGUCGGUACGGCAACAUGGCCGUGGGCUGCCCCCUGCCACCCCCCCUUUCUCCUCUCUCCCCCCACUCUCCAGCCCCCCAGUACGCCCUCUACCACGCCCCUCCCACACACUGCACCGCCAAGGGGGGCGGGGCUGGCGGGGGGGCGGGCCCUCCUGGCAAGCUGCCCCUGGGGCUGGCUCACUCCCACCCGGGCCACGCCCACAGCCCCUCCUCCGUCCAUCAGCCUCACUUUGUCUUCGCCGUCCCGCCCCCGGGGUCUUCCGGCACUGCCCGCCACCUGCCCCCGGGCGCCCAGUAUCUGCCCCAGUACCCUCCGCUCUCCUCCAUCCCCCCUCCCCCCCCCCACUCCCCUUUACCCCCCCCUUCCUCCCCCCAUACCCCUCUUACGCCUCUCUCCCCACACCCCCCCCAGCACCCCGGGCAGCCUCAGCAGGGGCCGGGGUCUCAGGCGGGACAGGGGGGCGGGCCCGGGAGCACCGGUACAGUGGGCAGCUCCAAAUCCAAGCCUAUCAACCGGAUCAGCACGGUAGUGUGA